ACCAUGCUAAAGAACAAGGCAUUAGGGAGUACUCUACUAUAGAAGAAGAAGAAGAAGGAAGAAGAAGAAGAAGAAGAGAAAAGAAGGGUUCAUGGGAACCGAAGUAAGGUCCAUGUUUGGGGGUGAAUCAAAGAGUGAAGAACCAACGGCUAUGAUUACUCGUGACUUGCUUGGUAAUGGUGGGUCGUCCUCCAUUGAAACACAGGAAUUGGAUCUCCACUCUCAGGUACCCUCUGGCUGGGAGAAGCGAUUGGACCUUAAGUCAGGGAAAGUGUACUUUCAAAGAUACAACACUUUAGAUUCACCUUUGGUGUCUGAACACAAGUCCCAAAUGAAUCAAGCAGGUCCAAAACUUCAAGACCUAAAUUUCUCUCCCUUUUCAUCCAAAUUGUCCAUGAACCCUUUCAAUGAAUCAAGUUUGGACUUGAAAUUGGUUUCACCUUCAUUGCCAUCAAGCACUUAUCAAAGUGUGUGCACCCUUGACAAUGUGAAAUCAGCACUUGAGAGAGUAGAGAAAGAGCCAACAACAAGGAAAAGGGCAACACCCUUAAGAUCUCAAUAUUUGUCAUCACCAUGUGCCUCAUAUUCCUCUUCAUCCUCUUCCAUUAGGGAAACUCAAGAGGAAGAAUUUGAAGGGAAGUUGUCUUCACCAAUGGCUGCAGGGUGCCCUGGUUGCUUAUCCUAUGUGUUGAUAAUGAAGCACAAUCCCAAAUGCCCUAGGUGCAAUUCUCUUGUUCCUUUUCCAUUGAUGAAGAAACCUAAGAUUGAUCUCAAUAUAUCAAUUUAAGAUGUUGGUGCCAAUUAUUAGUUAUUGCUUCAAUUCUUAUGUUCUUGUUUUCCCUCAUUUUUGUAAAUGAAAUGAUGGGUGAUUUUAGGUUUCUCAAGAUAGGACCAUUUGUUUAGCAAUGUUAGCCAUAGUGCUUAUUAUAUAUGUAAAAUGGAAAUCAUUCCAAUUUUACUACCAAAGUUAAUAGAAUUUUUUCU